UGACUACGAAGGUGGAUGUGGGCUUUAUGCAAGCGACGAACCUGAAAAUCAACCUGAUCAGUCGAAAAUGUACAACUCAUUGCCGUAAGCCGUAAUUUCAAACAAGCACAUCCGGGAUCGCUUCACUAGUGUCUCUUCCGUGUAUCGCUGUCUCAGGCUUGCGUAUUUGGUAUGUGCAUUGACUAUCAAUUAUGACCGACAAACGAAAAGAGGUCACCAAAAAGACUGAUGAUCAUCGGUCCAACACAGAGGAUGGCAUCAAAACGCGUCCUGCCAAGCCAUCUACAGCACCGAUGCAGCCUAAGCGUACGGUCGAAGAAGAUCGGGGAAGCUUUUUCGAUCUACGUACAACGACGGGCCAGAUUCUGUUCAUCACGGUGACCGUCACCGCUGUAACAUUGGUGCAAUGUCUUCCGAAAGAUGCGUUGAAAGCGCUACUGAACCUUCAACCCCUGGCGAAAGAGUGUCCGCAUCCCGAAGUACAGUUUGUCGAGCGGCAGAUCGUUGCCCACGAGACACGCCCAAAGUAUUGGGUGUUUGGACGAAACCCUACCGGAAGCCACCUGUUACAUGUGCACAAUGUACUGCAGCGGAUCGGUGUGGAUCAAACCAGCAACGAAACGACCGACUGGGAUCUGCUUUGGGCGCAUGAUUAUCCGUUCCGUAAGGUAAAUCUGCAGCGUACGAAGCGCCACCAGCUGGUAAAUCAUUUCCCAGGGUCCGGCUACAUAACAAACAAGGUGGAUCUGUCCACCACCAAGCUGAAGUACAUUCCAGCCGCGUUCAAACUGCCAGUCGAAACGGACCAAUUCCGGGAGUACGCUGCAGCGAAUGGAGGUAAGCAGUUUGUGCAGAAGAAUAAUCAACAUCGCCACAUACAGAUAAAGGAUAUCGAUGAAAUCGAUUUCACCAAUAACGAAACAUUUGUCCAAGAGUUUAUUGACGAUCCACUGCUGGUCGAUGGUUACAAAUUCGACAUCGGAGUGUACACGGUGAUAACGUCGAUCGAUCCGCUACGUGUGUACAUCUACAAGGGAGACAUUCUGUUUCGAUACUGUCCCGUGCCCUACUACCCGUUUAAUGCUUCCGACGUGGACAAGUACAUCGUUGGUGACGACUAUCUGCCAACAUGGGAAGUGCCAUCGCUGAAACAGUACUAUACCAAGCACGGGUUCGGGAUGAAGGAUUCCUUUGAUGCAUACAUCAGAAGCACGGGCCGGGAUCCGCACACGAUCUGGGAGCAAGUGGAAGAUGCAAUACGGUUGUUGAUUCUCAAGAAAGAAUCUUUACUCGCGGGGCUACUAUCGCGUUACGCGCAUAAGCGAAACUUUUUCGAAAUGAUGCGCUUUGACCUGGUAGUGGACAACAAGCUAAGGGUGUACCUGAUGGAAGCCAACAUGAGCCCGAAUCUUUCCUCUGCUCACUUCAAACCGAACCGGCUGCUUUACGAGCAGGUGAUCUACAACCUGUUCCAGCUGGUCGGCGUUGGUUCGAGCAUUCGGCGAGAUUCGUUUCGCAAACAAUCGCCAGACACGGAAGCGAUGCUGACUGCGCUCAAGAACCUUGCAACCGCCGCAAACCAAUGCGCGGAAGUGCCCUGUACGGAGUCUUGCGCUCCGGUAGAAUGUCAGCUGUGUAGUACGUGCCUGGAGGAAAACGAUCGUGAUGAUUUACAGCGUGCCUAUCGCGAGCACAUGAAUCGCGGAGAUAUGAAACGCAUUUUCCCCGUGCCAAAAGCAGACCAAGUGCGAGUCAAUUACGAAUCACUGUCGGCAAAGAACCAGUUUAUGACAAAAUGGUUCGAGGAAAAGUGCAAAACAGAUCAAUCGUACUGCUAGUUUUGGUUAGUUACAAUCUGACGGUGCUCUUAGGCGGUAAGAAUUUUUUUUAUUUAUAACUUCCGCAUACAAUUUUUAAACUCAGCGAAACGAUUCAUCAAGCGGCAAAUACUUCAUUUAGGGAACUGUUUCAUUUCGAUAACACAUCGUCUCAACGAUUUUUAUGGCUAAGAUUUCAUGGUUAAUAAACUUUUUAAACUAAA